AUGCCGGAUACAAGCAGGACAAAAUUUCCACAGAUUGCAAACAGCAAAGCAAACGAUGCGAAGAAAGUUGAAGGAGAGAAUGACGAGUACACGUUCCUCUCCCACCUUCCGAUGAUCUUGCUCAACAUCGCAACUAUCUCCAUGGAGCAGUCCUCGGAGAAGCGCAAGGGCAUUGCAUCGCUGGAUGACUUGAGGAAGGGCAUGCAGUUCGAGCAACGAGCUUUGGAUCUUGCUGAGGAAACGCUAGACGACAAGCUGAUCAUGAAGGUUCUUUUGCGCAAUGUCAAGACAAAGAUCCAGAUGUGCAUGCAUGAAGAGCUGAGCAAGGAAGAGUCGUCCGAGAUGGCGAAGGAUGCAGCAAGGCACUUUUACCGCCUUGUGGAGCUCGGGAAGGUCAAUGAGGAUAGAGAAGUGUUCGAAUCGUUGAUGAGGCUGCUCGACGCCUUCCCUUCCUGGGCUGCCGCCUGGGUGUUGGACCGGAUAGCGAACAGAAAGAUUCAGAUUCAAAGAUCUAGCAAAGUCGAUGUCAAGAAAUUGUUUGCACAGUUCGAUGGAGAGAAAAAAGCGCUCUCGCCAAUGAGAAGGAAAGAAGCAAAGAAAACAUCUCCGGUUGCAGUUGUCCCCUGGGGAUAUCACGGAGACGCGAAAAAGCUGAAAGAAAAGUUUAGAAGGUCCAAGAACAUCAGCACCACAUCCACCCUCAGCAGCCCCAUCAGCAGCCCGGAAGAUCUAGAGGAGAGAGAUCAAUGGGCUCGAGUGAACUCUGCGAGCAUACAGGAAGGGGAUGCUCUAGAGGUGCUUCCUCCGGCCAAGGGGGAGGUCUUUCGCAGAGGCGAUGGGAGCAGGUUGGAGGAGGAAGGAGGAAGGAGCAGGGACCUGUCGCCUCCGAGCUCGAAGGUGGAGGGAGGGGGGAAGUUCAAGUCGCUGUCGGUCGACGUGUCGAGCAGGAGUAGGAGGGAUGGGAAGGGGAAGAAGGCGAAGGCGUCCCCGCAACGAGCUCUGUCUCCUUCCGCCAUCCUGCACAGCCAGCUGCUUGCCAAGAUGAGCCCAGCUGAGAAGAUCGCAGAGUCGGUUCGCUCGCAGGGGCUGCGGCAGCGGCAUGGCUACACGCUUGCUCGGCAUCCUCCUCUUUUCAGCGACGAACCAGAGUCGUUCUCAGGUGGGGUAGCGGCUGGAGGGACCGCAGCACAGCUGGGGUUUGUGCACUACUGGAAGAAGCAGGUCGACUCGUCUCCAGCAGUCUCGUCUCCUGCUCUACGGACGGGAAAUGUUUCUCGGUUUCUCAACUUCUCCCACCACGUUGGCGAAGACGAAGACCUGUCGCCUUUGGAGGAAGCAAAGGAGCCAAGAUUCGCAAGAGUUCUUUCCCUCUCCGCUCCUACCAAGCCACUGGGAAAUGUUGUUCUUGCCGGACCUCUCUUCACCAACAACGUGUUGUCAAGAGAGCAGAUUGAACAAUACCUGAGAGAGGAGAUGAGGAACUUUUUCAGGAAUGAGAGUUUCAAGGAGAGGAAGUCCGUCUGUGAACGAUGGAUGCCCUUUCUUCAUGUGUUAGAGAAGAUAUCACGAUGUUUGCGUGAGAAUGUCGUCACUGAAGAUUACUUCUACGUGAGGGAGGUUUGGAAAGAGAGGUCACUGAUGGACAACGAGAUCUCAAUCUCCCUGGAGGACAACAUGUCGCGUCCCCUUCCUCCGCUUCCCUACGGUGAAGAAGAUGAAGAUGAAUGGCCUGAGUUGCCUCCUCGAAACAUCGGAGUUUCAGUCGACAUGAUCUUGGCGUUCUCAAAGUACGGCGGGGAGAAGCUUCAGUCUGAGAUCCUUCAGCAGUCAUUCGAUGAAGUGCACAUUCCUGCUUCGGAGAACGAGAAGCUGAGAAUCGACCAUGUCCCGGUCUGCAGACUUGCCGAGCUGAUCAGCCUUGUGAGGCAACAGGUCAACUCUUGUUAUGAUCAUGACAUCAUGGUCCAACAAUGCUCUUCGCGCAUUGAGCUGCUCAAGGAGAAGCUUUCAGUGCUCAAUUGCAACCAAUCGGAUCUCGAGCAGAUCUGUGAAAGCAUGAGGAACGCGAUGAAGGAGGAGAAAAGGAGAUCAGCCAUUGUCUCCUCGUCAGUGAACAUCAGCUACUAUCUCCGACAUGGCGGGCUGAGUCUGGGCGGCUUCACUCCUCGAAUGACCAAGGAAGGGAACGAGAGGCUGAUCAAGGCAUUGAGUCCUCCCCUCGUUCGAUCCUCUCUUGCUCUAUAG